AACCACCAUGACAACUUUUCGGCUGCAAACUUUCAAAUAUUUGUCUAAAACCCUAAUUUUAAAAAUAUCAGGCCGCUUGUGUUCCUAUUAUUAUUAUUUCUUGCCCGUAAACCCUUAAAAUCGAAUCCUUACAUUCUGCGGCAUUUUUUUGACCUCAUAGAUUGGACAGCUUUCUUUUUUAGUUGAUCACAAGCCCUGGAAAGCAAAUCUCAGCUUCGGCGGAAUCUCCUAUAUUUGUAGAUUGCACAGUUUUGAGUAUCAAACAUGCCAAAGUCUAAGCGUAACAAAGUCGUUACACUUUCCAAAACUAAAAGGAAGGGAAGGGAACAUAAGGAGUCAAUAAUAAGUGCUGUGAGACAGGCUGUGGAAGAUUACAUUUCGUUGUAUGUCUUCUCAUUCGAAAACAUGCGGAAUUUAAAAUUUAAAGAGCUCAGAGAGCAAUUGAAGAGCAGCAGCAGGUUCUUUCUGGGAUCAAACAAAGUGUUGCAGAUUGCACUGGGUCGCACAGCCGCCGAUGAAGUCAAAGAUGAUAUUCAUAAGGCUAGUGCGGUGCUACAUGGUGACUGCGGUUUAUUCUUCACCAAUUUACCAAAGGAAGAAGUUAUGAGAAUUUUUAAAAGUAUUGAAGAACAUGAUUUUGCAAGAACUGGUACACCUGCAACAGAAACGGUUGAGUUGAAGGAAGGUCCUUUGGAACAGUUUACACAUGAGAUGGAACCAUUUUUGCGGAAGCAGGGCAUGCCAGUUCGAUUAAAUAAAGGUGUGAUAGAACUAGUAGCAGACUAUGUAAUUUGUCGUGAAGGAGAGCCAAUAUCACCUGAAGCAUCUCGUAUACUGCGUCUAAUAGGAGUUCAAAUGGCUGCAUUCCGCCUUUACCUUAUAUGUCGAUGGGUACCUGGUGAAUUUGAAGUUUUCAAAAAUCCCGGCGUUGAAAAUCCCUUGGAUGGUGCAUAAUAGGUACAUGUCAAACAUUUGCAAGUUUCAAGAGGCUUAUUCUUGAGUCAUGUUUGAAGCCCCUUUGACAUGUAAUACCAGUCUGAGAAUGGAGGGUUUUUGAGAGUUAUCUGUAUUCUCCUCAGAGUUACUUUUGUAUCUUGGUUUGUAAUAUAGAGGGUUGUAUUCCUCAGCUGUUGAUGAGUUGAUAAUCGCUAAAGUUUUGGGGAUGUAUUAGAGUUUAAAUUCUGAGCUUCAAUAAAACCUGGAAAGUUUCUUUAACAAAAAAUGGUUGGGUAAUGACAAUUAUAAAAUUAUUUCUGAAAGGAGAGCCUUUACAGUUUUGCCAUGGAUCUGUUUGACUAGCACUUGUAUUCGAAGAGUGAAAUAAUGGUAAACCAGGGCAUCACUCUGGAGAUUGUGUUCA